AUGGCCAACUCAGCUUCCACUUCGACUAUUGCAUCCGUUUUCAAUCCUGGGAAAUUCAUUGGAUUGAGCGCUGCCGACAAGGAAGAUGCUCACUGGCAAGGAAAUGUCGAUGAAAACGAAGUUAUUCAAGUCUCCUGGAUUGCGAAUGCUCGAGAGCGGGUGGUAAAAGAUGCUUCCGAUUUGAACGUAACGACACAAGAGCUCAAAACCGCUACAGAGCAAGCAGCUUACAACCUGGCCCUACACUUGGAGGCUACCAAAAUCAAGAUACUAUCCACCGGACAAAUGCAGCCAAAAGAAACUCAUGCCACCAUUGAGACAUCGUCCACUGUCAAAUGGAAAGGAAAGUUCACAUGCCAUGCCUAUUUCAAAGGCACGGGAACGUCUACGCAGAUCAUCAAGAGCAACCAAUAUCAAACCGAGUUCAGCGCCAUGUUGUCAAUUGGAAGAUCCACGGGCUACUGUCCCGAUCUGACAAUCAAGAGCGCCCCAGCCGGUUCAAGCGGCAGCAACGCCGAGUUCCCAGCGGCCAACGGUUGCUAG